AUGGAUUCUGAAGUGAUGGCUUUGAUGCAUGAGACCAUGAAUCUGAAACUAAAACAAGAUCAGUUUGAAGAAGACGAUGACGUCGUAGAAAGAUGUUAUCUUAAUAAUCGUUACGUUAGGAAUAACGAAGUAGUAGAGAAACGUCCAUUCAAGACGGUAUACAAAGGAUUCGAUGAAGUUGGAGGAGUUGAAGUUGCAUGGAACCAAGUCAAGAUCAUCCUAGAUGAUGAUAAUCAAGAUUCCAUGCAAUCUUCAAAGAAUUUGGAGAAAGUUUAUUCUGAGGUUCGGUUGUUGAACACAUUAAGGCAUCACAACGUAGUUAAGUCGCACGUUACAUGGAUGGAUGAGGAAAAGAAAACGCUUAACAUGAUUACUGAAUCGUUUACUUCGGGGAGUUUGAGGGAAUUUCGAAUGAAACACAAACUUAUUGAUUUGAAAGCUGUUAAGAAUUGGGCUAGACAGAUUCUUGGAGGGUUGGUUUAUCUUCAUAGUCAAGAACCGCCGAUCAUUCAUGGAGAUUUAAGUUGUGACAAUAUUUUCGUCAAUGGAUGUCGUGGAGAAGUGAAAAUUGGAGAUAUAGGGUUAGCAAGUUUUACACGUAGCCGGGCUCUUGAUUUUAUGGCACCGGAGUUCUUUGAAGAGAAGUAUGAUGAACUUGUUGACAUAUAUUCGUUUGGAAUGUGCAUAUUAGAGGUUGUUACGUGUGAGCAUCCGUAUAGCGAAUGCAAAGGUGAUCAAUCAGAGAUACGUGAGAAAGUUACUUCUGGUGUAAAGCCGCUUUGUCUUUCAAAAGUCAGGGAUCUACAAGUGAAGGAGUUCAUAGAGAAGUGUUUGGUCCCUGCGGCUCAACGAUUGUCGGCAAAAGAGUUGUUAAAAGACCCUUGUCUUGCCGAAGGAUGUAUAAACAAGGAGGUACUUGUGCCAAGACUUGAAGAUUUUUUCGGCGAUAUGCAGCUUAGUGACGACAAUAUGGUGUCAUUGGGUAGUUCAUGUGUAAAGAAGGAUGAUGGCGGCCCAUCGUGUGUUUUGUCAGAAGAACUUCCGUGUGUUGAUGAGAAAAAGGAUCUUGAUGUGAAAAAAGAGAAGAAUGAAGAAAAGUUUGUGACAAUAAAGUUGAGAGUGGUUGAUGUUGAUGGAAAUGGGCAUAAUAUUGAAUUUCCAUUCAACUUGGAUGCUGAAGAUCCACAUGAAACUGCGAAAGAUAUGAUUGAAGAAGUUGGCAUAAUUCAUGAAGAUGUUGAUACCUUAGCAGACCGGAUCAAGGAUGAAAUCUUGAAAUUGGUUCCGACAUGGAGACCCUCUUUUGGUAAAUCUAGUUACACGGGUGAUUCGACGAAGAGCUCAUCAGGAGUGUCAUUUUCCAGUUGUUCUAGCAUCACAAGUAGUUGCUCCAGUUGGUCUGAACAUUCUUUAGAGGAAAGGAUACAGGAACUUGAAACUGAAUUAGAGCGUUACAGAGAAGCUGCAAAUACGAGAUAG